AUGCUUUCACACACAUGUGUCUUUGCCCUGCUGCUUGGGAAUUGUUGCCUACAGAGGUAGGCAACCUUGCAAUCUUUUCUUUCUUUCUUUCUUUCUUUCUUUCUUUCUUUCUUUCUGUGGAUGCUGAGAGUCACCGUACCAGGCUCCAUGCCUGGCUGCUUGCAUAUGCUCCAUAUUUACAAAGACGGAGCCCCAUGUGGAGAAGGAGAAAGUGGAGCUGGCAUGUCUCCCUGGCAGCAGACAGAGGCAUCUGCCAGAAGGGUGGUGGCUGCUGCUUUUGAGGAGGCCCCUGUUGCUGCAGUUCGGCACUUUAUUCCUAAUCCACCCUCCAAGAGGGGAAGCACUCAUUUAAAACUCGCAGCCAGGCAGCUUCAGUUGCAUCCUCCACAUCACAAUACCUUAGGGACAACAAUAAUGAACUGAAGCUUGAGAGCUCACCAAGAAGCUUCUGGAUGUUCAGUUUCCACCCUCCCUCACCAGGACCUGGAUUCAGCUAAGCAAAGAUCAAUUCAAGAUUUGGAGCAGGGGUAGCUCUAAGGGCCUGUUUUCCAGCCCCCAAGCAUCCCCCCCUGGGUCCCCAAACCUCACCAAAAAGUGUCUGGAGAGUUUGUCAUUCAUGAGGAUCCUACCCCAUAUAGUUGGGUUUGGGGUUGUUGUCUCCGCUUCUCCCCCCCAAAAAAUGUGUGUUUUCUUUUAGCAAGGUCACAUUACCAUAAUUCAUGUGCCCUGCUAUUUAAAGGUAAAGGACCCCUGGAUGGUUAAGUCCAGUCAAAGGCGACUAUGGGGUUGUGGCCCUCAUCUUGCUUUCAAGCCAAGGGAAUCGGCGUUUGUCCACAGACAGCUUUCCAGGUCAUGUGGCCAGCUUCUGGUGCAACGGAACACCGUGGCGUAAGCCAGAGCGCACAAAAAUGCCAUUUACCUUCCUGCCACAUUUAUCUACAUGCACUGGUGUGCUUUCAAACUGCUUGGUUGGCAGGAGCUGGGACAGAGCUCACCCCAUCCCGGGGAUUCGAACCGCCAACCUUCUGAUCGGCAAGCCCAAGAGGCUCAGUGGUUUAGACCACAGCGCCACUAUUUGCUCUUACGGCUGUGGGUAAGGGCACUCCGUUCUUUUCUGUAACUUACAUUCCUGCUUACAAGAAUAUCAAGUCACUUACUGCAGUUGGGUGAAAUCCAUGGAUACCAAGUAAUCAACCCAUUCUCAUGCGCUGACAAUGGCAGCUGCCUGGUCUGAGUGUUGACCAGGCAGGUGCACAAAGGCAAAAAAAAGGGGGGGAAGGUCUUAUUUUAAAUUGCAAGUAAUAAUUUCAGGGCAAAUGUAUUGUGAGUAGGGAAAUUUCUUACCUUGUGUGUUGUGGUGUCCCUGGGUGAUAUCGGGUCUGUUUCUGUCUAUCUCUGUUUGGCCUACCUCACAGGGGUUUUGUGAGGGUGAAACCAGGGUGGGAGGUUGAGAAACUGUGCAUGUCACCAUAACCUCCUUGGAAGAAUAGGAAACCAGAUACUGAGCAUCACCAGUAGAAAUAUAGCUAGAAUGGUGGGCAGAGAAGUUCACUAUUUCAUGCUAUCAGUCCACGCACUAAGUGCUGCUAGACAUCAUGCCUGGAGGUCAUGUUUUCUUUUUUUAAAAGUUGCUGUUAGCCAAGGAUGGAGAACUUGUGGCCCUCCAGAUGUUGUUGGACUCAAAAUACUAUCCUCUUCCAACCAAUAUCCAGAGAUUCUGGAAGUUGUAGUCCAACCCCUAGAAGCCACAUAUUUCCCAUCCCUGCCAAUUCCUGUGGGCUGCUGUAAUGUAACCCAAGCAUAAGGGAAGGGGCUGCUGAAAAGGUUUCCUAGGCCAAGAAGGUCUGCAACCUGCAAGCAAGAGCCAAUUCUCUGCUCAGAAGAACUGGGUUUGUCUGCAGCUGGAGCUCCAGUAAAAGCCCUAUAAAGUGCAUUACUAAAUUAGCAAUAUUUACAACUUUCAUGCAUUCCUCUAAUUUAUUUAUAGCACAAAAUUCCUUCUGGUUCUUUCCCCGCUUAAAGUCAUGGGAGAGUAGAUGUUGGCUCAGCCAUAAGAGGAGGGAGAAAUGGGUUAUUUCCCCAACGGCCCCUCAGUGUUUAAAAUAAAUAGUAACUAUAGUGGCUUAGAUCCAACUACAUUUUUUUAAGGAGGGAAAAGCAUACACACAGAGAGGGGGGGGGCGGAGAGAGAGGUUGCUGUGCCCCAGCUUGUCAGUUCAGCAAAUCAAGGCAUUUCAUUUGAGCUGAAUGGCGAUGUUUAGGUAAGCAAGACUCUGUGCUGGAGAAAUAGCUACGAAGAGACUGUCAGACCCAUUAACAUCAAGGCGGAGACAGAGAGCGGAUGACAGCAAACCAUGAAACCUACCUCCUUAUGGCAAGCACUCAGAAUGACAUGGAGGACUGGGUGAAGUCUAUCCGCAGGGUUAUAUGGGCCCCUUUUGGAGGAGGAAUUUUUGGACAGAAGCUGGAAGACACCGUCCGUUACGAGAAAAGAUAUGGAAAUCACCUGGCGCCCAUGUUGGUGGAACAGUGUGUGGAUUUUAUCCGGCUGCGGGGGCUGAAGGAAGAGGGGCUUUUCCGACUGCCUGGCCAGGCUAACCUCGUCAAAGAAUUACAGGAUGCUUUUGAUUGCGGAGAAAAGCCAUUGUUUGACAGAAAUACAGAUGUACACACAGUGGCGUCGCUUUUGAAGCUGUACCUCAGAGAGCUCCCGGAGCCAGUUAUUCCGUACGCCAAAUAUGAAGACUUUCUCUCCUGCGCCAAACUACUCAGCAAGGAAGAGGAAACGGGGCUGAAUGAACUAGUGAAGCAAGUGAAGAGUUUGCCGCCUGUCAACUUCAACCUGCUGAAGUAUAUUUGCAGAUUCCUCGAUGAAGUUCAGUCCUAUUCCGGAGUCAACAAAAUGAGUGUGCAAAACCUGGCUACUGUGUUUGGUCCCAACAUCCUGCGUCCCAAAGUGGAGGAUCCCUUGACCAUCAUGGAAGGUACUGUUGUUGUCCAGCAGCUGAUGUCCAUGAUGAUAAGUGAGCACGAGCUGCUGUUUCCCAAGGAUGGGGACGUCCAAAGCGGGCAGGAGGUGAGCAAUAACAACAACGAGGUUCAAAAGAAAGUGAUCAUCGGUCAGCUCCAGAACAAAGAAAACAACAACACCAAGGAGUCGUCACCACUGAGACAAUGUUCUUGGGAUAAACCAGAGUCUCCCCAAAGAACCAUUGUGGAGAACGGCUCUCCUACAGCUCAGCCUGGGAGCAAGUCAAAUAGCCCAAGGAACAGCAUUCACAAACUGGACAUCACCAGAAGUCCACCCCUUAUGGUGAAAAAAAACCCAGCGUUCAAUAAAGGCAGUGGCAUAGUCACCAACGGAUCCUUCAGCAGCUCUGUGGAGGGUCAAGAGAAGACAUCGCCAGCCUUGCCCAAUGGUACCUUGCAGAGCAGAAGAACAUCUUCCCUGAAAGGGCCCGUCACCAAAAUGGGCACCCACAGCGUGCAGAACGGAGGGGUGCGAAUGGGCAUCUCCAGCACAGAUGCCCACAGCAACUCUCUGAACAGCCGGAACCAGGGCUGGAUGUCCAAUGGGUAUGUGACACUGCGGGACAACAAGCAGAAGGAGCUCACAGGGGACUCUGGACAGCACAACAGACUCUCUACUUACGACAACGUGCACCAGCAGUUCUCCAUACUGAAUGCCGAAGACAAGCAGAGCGUUGACAGCGCGACUUGGUCCACUUCCUCUUGCGAAAUUUCCCUCCCCGAACAUUCCAACUCCUGCCGCUCCUCGACCACCACCUGCCCCGAGCAAGACUUUUACGGGGCCAAUUUUGAAGACCCCGUCCUCCUGGAUGAGCCCCAACACGAAGACCUCUCCAACCAAGGAGAUUACGAGAACAAAGGUGACCGUAGAAGCGUCGGGGGGCGCAGCAGCCGAGCGACGAGCAGCAGUGACAACAGCGAAACGUUUGUUGUCAACAACACGGGCAACCACAGUGCUUUGCAUAGCCUCGUGUCGAGCUUAAAGCAGGAAAUGGCGAAACAGAAGGUGGAGUAUGAAACAAGGAUAAGAAGUCUUGAACAAAGGAAUCUCUCCCUGGAGACGGAAAUGCUUGGCUUGCAUGAUGAACUGGAACAGGAGAAGAAAAAGUUCACCAUGGUGGAGAUUAAAAUGCGCAAUGCUGAGCGGGCCAAAGAAGAUGCAGAGAAGAGGAACGACAUGCUGCAGAAGGAGAUGGAGCAGUUCUUCUCGACAUUCGGGGAGCUGACAGUCGAGACACGUCGGCCAGAAAGAGGGAACACCAUAUGGAUCCAGUGAGCGCUGCUGCUGCUGCCGUCCAAGACUGUGGGAUUCUGGGAAGAGGGUUGUUGGGAUAUUAUAUUGUAACAGGUGACUGGUCACCUGACUGAGGCUAGCACUCAACGUAACGUCGACCCUCAGAAGACGACGCCAUGCCUAUGUCAACCAACCACAUCUGCCAUGUGUACUUUUUAAUUGAGAAAUCAUAUCCUUGAAUGCAUCGUAAUGCAACCGUUAAGUGUUACAACUGGAUUUGUGUAUAUAGAUUUUAAAUAGGUCAUCCGAGGGAAGGGGGGAUAGAAAGAGACAAGAAGAAAUAUUUUAAUGCAAGUCUUAUAUUUAAACUGGCAAACGGAACCUUCAUUGCAAUUAAGCUUUAUAUUGAGGCUUUUUCCCUUGCACUUAAUUAACAUAAUAAGCUAUUUUUGGCAUUGUGUCACCAUCAGCUUAUUUUGUAUAUUACUUUUUUUUCCUUCCUUUGGUUGCCCCUCUCACUGGGGAAUUAAGAUACACAUCUAUCUAUAUAUAUAGAUAUCUAUAUAUAUAAUGUUAGCUAUUAAACAAAACAAAAAGGAUGUUGUGUGACUGUGCUGUUUGUGCCAAUGGAUUUGCCCAUGACCAAAAACAAAAAAAGUGUAAAUAAUUUUAUAAAAAUAUAACAUGAGCAUCUAAUAAGUUGGAACUCUUUUUUCUUUCUUUUUCUUUGGGAUCUAUCUGUUAGAAAACACAAUCCAAUAUUUCCUGUACAUGUACGUUGCUGCAAUUAGCCCUCCCUUGAAGACAGUGCUUCCUAUUCUGGAUCAAACUGCACAUGAUAUCCAGCAUGUAGUUUGGGAAUGCAUGCUUGUUUUUCAAAAAGCAGGCACUGGGGGAGGAGGGAUGGACAGUCUGGAUCAGGCCUCAGCACUUCUUACCAUAUUUUCAACAUAUAUGCCAAUUGCUGUGUCCCUCCAGUGUCCUAAAGCAGCUUCAAGGGGUAUUUGGGGUGGACCACAGUGUCUUUGGGUGGUAGUGGAGAUAUAGAGUUAACUUCUCCAUACACCAUUGUCCCAGUCCUGGUUGCUUUCUUCCUUCCCCAAGGC